AUGAGCUGCCAAGCAUUUGCUUCCUCAGACACCUUUGUGCCCUUGAAUUCUGACUCUUCUCCCUCCCUGCCUCUGAUAAUGCACCACAGCGCUGCAGAGUGCCUGCAGGUCUCCAACCACACCACCAAUGUUGUGUCUACAGUCCCACCUGUUUUCUCUUUGCUCCCAACUCGUGCGUGUUCGUGCAUUGGCUUUGCCGCGACGACGCCGGGACGCCCUUGGCCAGGCCUGCACUACUCCGUGCCCUCCUGUCACUAUGGGAAUCAGCCUUCGACCUACGGGGUGAUGGCAGGUGGCCUGACGCCCUGCCUGUACAAGUUCCCGGAGCACGCGCUGGGUGCCAGCUCCUGUGCCCUGGGCCACGGCUUCGCGGCCCUGCCCCAGCCCCUGCUCACGGAGGAGCCCGCGGAGUUCAAGCAGGAGUUCCGCAGGAAGAGCAAGCCCGCCGAGGAGCCCGUGGACAUGGACUCCCCCGAGAUCAGGGAGCUGGAGAAAUUCGCCAACGAGUUCAAGCUGCGGAGAAUCAAGCUGGGUUAUACCCAAACCAAUGUUGGGGAGGCCCUGGCUGCUGUGCACGGCUCCGAGUUCAGCCAGACGACGAUUUGCCGCUUUGAGAACUUGCAGCUGAGCUUCAAGAACGCCUGCAAACUGAAAUCCAUCCUGUCCAAGUGGCUGGAGGAAGCAGAACAAGUGGGAGCUUUGUACAAUGAAAAAGUUGGGGUGAAUGAACGGAAGAGGAAGCGCAGAACCACCAUAAGCAUCGCUGCCAAGGAAGCCCUAGAGAGGCACUUCGGAGAACAAAGUAAGCCAUCUUCUCAGGAAAUCAUGAGGAUGGCUGAGGGGCUCAAUCUUGAGAAGGAAGUCGUGAGAGUUUGGUUUUGCAACAGAAGACAAAGGGAAAAAAGAGUGAAGACCAGUCUACACCAGAAUGCCUUCAGUUCUAUUAUCAAGGAGCACCACGAAUGCCGGUGAAGCUUUUCCACGUACACGUGUGGAUUUCUCUUUUGCUUUUUGUAAAUAUUGUAAAUACUGUGUUGUUGAAAAAGAGAACAAUCAGUAAACCCCUCAUUCCUCCUCCAUGCUACCAGCAGCUGUAGCAUGGGAAGGAUUUUGCUGUCAUUAAUUAAGGCACUGUGAGCUCACCAGGACAGAGGUGUCACACUGCUCCUACUGCAUGCUGUGUCUCAGCCCAACAUUUGUAAAGCAGAAGUGGCUUGGAUAAUGCUUGUUAUCAAGGGUAAUUCUUGCUAAUUUGUUAUGUGCCUCAAAGUUUGUUUUGGGUAGGCUUAGCUAUAAAAACAGGAAUACAGUUUAUCUGACCUCAGGACUUUGUGGCCUGAGGGGAAGAAAAAGGGUUUUAUUACUUUGGUCUUUCUCUGCAUUGUACUUUCUUCUGAUUAAAACCAUGUGUGGACAUACUUACACCAGAGGUGGUGUGUUAAGCUAAAAAAGUACACAAAAUAAGAAUUUAUUGCACUGCACGUUCCCUCUCUAUUACACCCCACUAAUUGAAAAUAAUCCCUUAUUUGUCAUCCUCCUGCCUAGAGAUAAUCGAGGGGAAAAAAAUACCAGUGCCAGAGCUCCACCUAUCAGGGAGGCACUGAGAAAACUGAAUUAAUGACUGUAGUACUCACCAGGGAUAGAUUAUCCAGCCAUCUCAUCAGCCCUGCUCAUUGUUAUGGGAAUUAGCCCAUUACCAUAUAAGUAUUUUGACUGUUUUCCCAGGACUGAAAUUAAGUAAGUAGUACACGCAAGUAGUCCUGGCCAGAUGCAUUUUAUUUUUCCAUAAAACAAACCUGAUGAUUUAGAAAAUGUCUCUAUAAUAGGCCCACAGAAAGCCAGAGGAGUUUAAUGUUCAAGACCACUUAGAAGCAGCAUGUACAAGUUAAGUGCUCACUCUCCAGUGCACAUUAAAUUAUCUCUGAUACUUAUUACAGUGACCGUAAGCAUAUUCACCAAUGGAAAUCAGGCUCCUGGAUUUCUAAAAAUCCACAUUUUUAUGGAUGAAUGCACCACUCUAAGCCCUUAACUGAGAAGAAAACUUCAAUUUAAUAACUCAAAGGGGACAAACUGUGGCUGUGUACUCCCUUCAGGCAGCUUUCAUCGCUAGCACAGCUCAUUGCUAUAGCAGAGACCAAGGUGCACACUUUUAUCCACCACAGGUUACCAGCAGGUCAUGAACUUCACAAAAAAAGUUCAGCUGAGAGGAUCAGCACUCAGCAAAGGUGGUGGCAUGCAUUGGUGUGUCUUUCAUGUGAUGUGGUCAAAUGUUAUGUGUGUUGAAAUCACUAUCUGGUAUAUAUAGAACUUUAUUUAUAUUCUAAAUUAUUUUCUUAAUUAUAAAAGGUUUCCUAGAAAUGCUAUCAGCCUGUACUUCCCAACCUCCUCAUCCAAUAAAGUAUUCCUAUACUUUUGGCACUCCAGGCAAUGGUUUGCAUCUCUCUUUUGGUAACACUUCAUUCUUUUUUAGCUGUGUGUCAUGCUGAAAUGUAUUUUAGAAUGCUCUAACAGAUAGUUCCAGAGCAGCCUCACAGUAACAUGGUGGUCUCUUGCCACUCAAAAAGUCUCACAAGUGACAGCUAAUUGCAGCAACAGGAUAAAAUAAAAUUAAAGGUGACACAUAACAAAAUUGUCUUGCAAAGAAAUGACAAAAGGUCAACUGGGGGAAGUAACCACCAUUUAAACACACCUACCUACUGCCACAGAAAUACAAACAAAUUAGGAUUAUUUAAAGAAGAAAAGCUAGAUGAAAUCAAUUUCAAUGGCUGCAGCUGGUGCUUUACUUAGAGAAAGUGGCAAUUCAUUUUGUUUUUUUCUCUAGGAACAACUUAAUUACCAACAAUUACUCUUGGUUAGGGUGGGGGGAGGACCCAACCUGCAUAUAAGGCAGGAUUUUCAAGGAGCAGCUCUAUGAACUUGCAGUUUGGUUGGCCAUUCAGUCAAGCUGGGCUGUUUUUGAGAUAUUUGUGUGUUUUUUCCUUGCUUUUCUUUUCCCAUGGUAACUUUAGUGUGUUAAAAACCACACUAGAGGGCAAAACAAGGUGUUACCACAAUGUUUAAAUCUUAGGUUUAGCUGUCCCUGAAGAACUGUGAUGCCCUCGUGUGAGGGACACAACUGACCAAGCACAGGCCAAGCUGCUGAGCAAAGGUAAGGUGAAUAACUUAAGUUACUCUCUUCUAGAUUUAAUGUGUGAGCAUUGAAUGCUUUUAUUAUAGUGCUUAGACAAGUAGUUAUCAUUUAUGAUCCAAAAUUGUUCUCAAAACUAAUAUUUAAAGUUAGUUUAUCAAUGUGAUCAGUUGCAUCUUAGCAAUAGUCUGCUCAGUUAUGGACUGUACUAAAAAGCUGAUGGAGGCACGCUGUACAUAAUAUAAGAACUAGGGAGUAAAUAGAGGAAGAUGGAAAGAAGCUUAAAACAAAACAAAGUGGUGUUUUUUAACAUGCUUGGGGAAAAAAUAUCAGUGGAAAAAAACAUGGGUGCCAGAAGUUCCUUUGUAUGUAGGAGUUCUCAGCUGAGAAAGCCACUUAGAGCUGGUGUGUGUAGAACUUGCACAGGGCUCUGGAUGAACCUUAUUUUUGAAACAGAGAUUGGAAGAGUAUGAAGGGAGGAAGCAUCAUUGAUGCUCAUUGUGUUCUCAUUGCUUCCCUGGGAAUUGCUUCUGGGCACUUGAGGAGUAGGGCUCUGGGUAGAGCCAUUUUUAGGUGUGGGCACAACUGUGUCAUUGC